AGCCGGCUUGCUAGUGGUUGGCUGAGCUGCCGCUAACUCAGCAACGAACAGCCCCACGGCUCUUGUGUUAUGCUAAACAGCUUACGUGUGCUUGGCUUGUCAGUCGAUAGUCCGUGACAGUCUUGCCGCGACUGUGAAGCGCUAGACGGCCGGUUUGGGUCACGCGUGUUACCUCGGCGCGGUCCGGGCCCCCUCGUUCGUUCUCAAGAUUGGUUCCCGGGCUGCGGUGGAGCAUUUAAGCUGUCCCUUUUCACCACGAGUGCUCAGUUUUGUUCGGGACUUGAGGGCGUAAACGAUUGGACACUUGAGGUACAAGAACGAUUGGGUCGCACAGUUAAAAACUGUUGCUGUUAUUGUUCAGCCGUUAUUAUUUCACGGACUGUGUUCCGACUCGCGCCCUCACUUCAAGGUGGGCCCCUCCAACGGUGCAUCGCAUCUUACGUAAUUCUUAAGUCUGAAUUUGGCAUUGCGUUGUGUGUGUGACAUCUACCAGCAAGCUGCAUGGAGCGCUAAAAGUGAAUCCUGCAUUUAAAUGGGCAGUCGAGUGCGGUAAUAACUACUCGUCAGGCGGUGAAGUGGAGAGCAAGUCAGGCGCGAGUUAAUCGUUUCUCUGCGGAUUACAAGCCUAUAACAGGGAGUCUCGACGUUUUAGUUCUCAGUUUGUGGUUGGGUUCCCCGCAAAUGAGAGCGCAGACGGCCAUGGAAGCCGUGCCGUUACCCAGCCUCCGAUCUCCGCUCACGCUGGCCAGCAGCAGUCCCCGCAGCGACAUGUCGUCCUCUUCGAUAUCGUCGUCCUCGUCCUUGUCGUCGCCUGGUUCAGUCCCCACGACGAUAGCGGUGAACUCUCCCCGGGACUCAGACGAGCCGGACUUCGCGGGGCGAGGGGUGCACGUCCCCGGCGGAGCGGCCAGCACGCGUCCUGCUACUUUCCACCAUCACCACAAUCAUCAGCACAACCAUCACCACCACGAAGGCAGUAUCGUGCUGAGCGCGCCGAGUGCAGUGGCAGCGACCGUGCUGGACAGCAAAUCCUCGGUGGAGCCGCCGCGCUCGUCGCCGGCACACACCGUGCCCAACAACAACACCAUCCACCCCUUGAAAGCCUACCACACGGAGCCGGUGCGGACUUCCAACGCCCCUUCGUUUCUCAUACGGGACAUUCUGGGCGACAUGAAGCCCAGGGAAGCCACCAGGGUCGUGGCCUCCGAAGAGGAGGAGGACGACGACCAGGACGACGACGAGGACAGGGACUCGGAGUGUGAACGGGCAAUGUUUGCCGGGGAGCACCGGGAGAAAUUAUCGGGGAGGGAUUCAGACACUGACUCGCACCGAUAUAACCACCACCAUCACCUCAACGCCGAGAACAGUUUGAAAAGACCGCACAACGACGAUGCUGGUGAUGACCUGAAAAACGGGCACUGUGACACAGCGACAGGGAAGGACAACGAGAUCUCGUCCAGCAGAGACAGCCACAGCCCCGGCAAACCCAAGAAGCCGCGCAAGGCCCGCACCGCCUUCACCGACCACCAGCUCAACUCCCUAGAGCGGAGCUUCGAGCGCCAGAAGUACUUGUCGGUCCAGGACCGGAUGGAGCUGGCCGCCAGCCUGAACCUGACUGACACGCAGGUCAAGACGUGGUACCAGAACCGGAGGACAAAAUGGAAACGCCAAACAGCCGUCGGGUUGGAACUCCUGGCCGAGGCCGGCAAUUACACCGCCUCCAUGCAGCGGAUGUUCGCCCCGCCUUUUUACUAUCACCCCACUCAGGGGAUCGUCUCCAACCUGGACGGCCUGUACAGCCUGCACGCCGGCCAGAGGCCCGUGUUCCCCCGCCUGUUCCUGCACGGACUCCAGCAGCACGUCAGCCACUUACCGCUGGCUCCCCGGGCGCUCCAUCCUCACAGCCACUGAGGACGGGAGAGGAUGGAACCCCGACUCAUCCCCACGAAAGUAACCGCGCCCAACGCGGCAUUGGUGUGAGGUUCGAAACUCUACCCGCCGGUGGCAACCUGGGCUACACCGACUCUAGACCAGGGCAGCUGAGUGGAGUGGACGGCUCUCCCAAGGCGUAUUAUCCACAGCCCAUUUGGUGCUGUAGAACCGUACUAAAGGCUCUCAAAUCAACAGCGACAUUAGCCGUCAACAUGCUCCAUCAUUAAUUGACCAAAGUAAAAGAAAGUUAAUUCCUCUUCGAGGGAAGACAACUCAUUUGUACACCGAUUCAGUUGCUUACAGACCGCCCUAUCGCUCAAGACACGGAAUCAUGAUAAAAUUUGGUUAUCGGCCUUCAAUCAAACUGCAUUUUUGUAAAUUACAUAUGUUGUUUUUUGUUUUUGUUUGUUUGGUUUUUUUUACUGCACGGGAGCUUGUGUGCUCUAUUUUAAAGGACUUUUCAUUUGGUAAAUCGUGUAAAUCAUAUCCCACACUGAGACUUCGACAUUUCCGAGCCGGGCUUUCUACACUGUUAGGUCAAAACGUCACGAAUUUAGCAUUAAAUCAUCGACCCCAAAAAACUUUUCAAACUUCUUUGGGUGGAAAAUUCAUAUAAGAAAAUGUAGGAAGGUUCCAUGUAGGAACCCUUUGAUUUAACUUGAGAGAGGCUAUUAUUUUUUCAGAGCAAAGUACAAUCAUUGUAGAAAUUCAGCGAGAAACAAUUAUUGUCAAAAUCCAGGGGAGUCUCUGUGUUUUGUUGCGACCAAAACAGAAAAAAAAUGCGAGCGAAAUCGCUUGCGGUUGCAUUACUUCAGUUGAAAUUCAAUCACUCGAAAUACAAGCUGGCUGGAGUUAGUCAUUCAUUAAUAUUACUUGCCAUAAUACCCCCAAGAUAACGCAUAUUAUGCCGGCUAUAUUUUUAGAGAGUUGGAAUAAUAAGGUAAUUGGAUAUGAUAUUAGUAUGCCAGGUUUUUUUUGGUCCCAAUCGAGACCCAGCGGGAACAAACAUAGUCUAUUCAUUUUUGGUUCAAUCAUUUUUGUCGUUGUAUAACAAAGUGCUGCCGGCAUGUUUCGUCCAGCCGCAACGAAUAUGAAACGACUAUCAGCGACUGAUCAAGUUAUGAAGUAGUUCAGUUCCCUUUUACGAAACUCGAAGUAAUUCAAAUUGGCGCUGGUUUAAAAAGAAAAACUUCCUACGCAAAAAAAGAAAAAAAAUUGCCGAAAUUUCGAGCGAGCCAAAACAAUAUAAUGAGCUUAAGAAUUAUUCGGUGCUUGACAGUACUGGGGGAAAGUUUUUAAAAAGUUCCACUACACUGAUUGAAUUUUAUGAGAUAAUUAUUAUAGGCUGUUAUAUGUUUAGAUAUUUAAUUAUUCUUGCCAUAAUGAAGUGACAAUAAAAGAAAACGAAUUUUGGCACGAAAUGAUGGACAAAGUAACCCGAUUAACGGGCGCCUCGAUCGCAUUUGCCGACACCACAGAAUAAUGGACACCCAAGUCAUUCUGUCUUUACCGGCGGCUUUAACCCAAUAACUUGCUGUUCCGUUCCCUGUGGGGGAGAUUUCGAUUGGAAAUCAAUUUGCAGGUUGUUUGUCAAGCGCCUGUAUAGCCAUUGCAUCGGGCUAAAAUGUAUUAGACCGAGCGCUAACAAAAGAGUGUAGAGAAAGGAAUAACAGAAGUGAGCGCUGAAAUGAAUCAACUGCCAGAGAUGAAAUCUAGGCAGGACAGAGAAAAAAAAUGAAGUAAUGGUUCGAUAUACCUUGCCAAAGAUCUCAAACAGCCUACAAGGCAUGCACUCACUGCACUAUCCAAAACAAACUAACGUUUAUAGGAAUAAAAUCCCGUUUUUCCCCAUUCCCGUUUAUACAACACUGGAACGACGGCCUCUGACGAGGCUCUGCCGUGUGACUGGACUUCAAUUUCCCCAUUAGAAACACGAACCAAGAACAAUUUCAAGUUGUCACUUUGCUGAAUAGCUUCGUAGCUGCUGAGGGUUUUUUUCCUCAGAACUGUGGUAUAUAAAUGUAUCAUACUUUCGUUUUGUACAAAAAGAGAGAGGAAUGCACACGGAAGAAUCGAGACAUGAGAUGUAUAUGAUUGACCUGUUCGAUCGAAAUGUAAUGGAAACGAUUGUUUAGAUUGAAAUUUUAUUGUUAUGUGUACAUUUCUGUGUGAAACUUGUGGGGAUAAUAACGAUAAUAAAAGUUUAUAGCUCAAAGAGCGUUGAAAGGGA